GAUAAAAGAUUCGAUGUAUAUGCAAAGGCAGAAGACUGUCCAGACCACCUUGAUGUGCGUUUAGGGUUUGACCUCUGCGUGCAGGAGCAAGACUUUCUACGCAAGAGGCAGAAGUAUGUCGCUCCUGUGCUGAAGAAGGUCCUCCAGCUGGAACAGGAUCUGCAAGACCAUGAGACCCCGGUGGUGGCCAUCAUGACCACGGGAGGAGGGAUGAGAUCUUUGACCGCACUGUACGGCAGUCUGCGGGGGCUCCAGAAACUCAGGGUCUUGGACUGUGCCGCAUACCUGACGGGCUUGUCUGGUACUACGUGGACCAUGUCAAACUUGUACAGAGAUGCUGACUGGUCACAAAAGGAUCUCGACAAGCAAAUCAGUGAGGCUCGAAAACAUAUGAUAAAAUGCAAAAUAAAUUCCCUUUCCUUGGAUUAUAUGAAGUAUUACAAAAAGCAGCUGUGUCAACGGAAAAGAGAGGGCCGCAAAACAUCUUUUAUAGAUCUCUGGGGGCUUAUCCUGGAAUCUUUGUUGCAUGAUGGGAAAGACAACCAUAAACUCUCCGAUCAGCAACGGGCCAUUGAUCGUGGUCAGAACCCAUUGCCUAUCUACACUGCAGUCAAUAUCAAAAACAACUACAGCACUCUGGAUUUCAAAGAAUGGGUGGAGUUCACUCCUUAUGAGGUGGGAUUGCAAAAAUACGGAGUUUUUGUUCGCACUGAGGAUUUUGGGAGUGAGUUCUUCAUGGGUCGGUUGAUGAAGAAGAUCCCUGAAUCCCGGAUCUGCUUCUUAGAAGGUGUGUGGAGUAGUUUAUUUUCAUUCAAUGUGUUAUAUAUCUGGAAUUUGUCCCAUUCAUCAGAAGAUUUCUGGCACAGGUGGACUCGGGACAAAAUCGACAAUAUAGAGGAGGAACCCCCCCUACCGCCGAAGCCACAUGAGCUGAAGACUCAUAUGUUCACCCCUCCCGGACCCCUCGGCAGUGUCCUUCGCAGCGUUCUCACCAACCGUCUCUGCAUUGCCCAGGAGCACAACUUCCUCAAGGGUCUCCAGAUGCAUAAUGAUUACCUGGAGAACAAGCGCUUCUGCAGGUGGAAAGAUACUGUGUUAGACACGGUGCCCAACCAGCUGACACCAUCAGAUGAAUUCCUGUCUCUGGUAGAUACAGGAUUUUUCAUCAAUACAAGCAUCAUGCCACUUUUAAAGCCAGAGAGAAAGGUGGACGUCAUCCUGCAUUUAAACUACAGUGCAGGAUCCCAGACACAGGCUCUGGAACAGACCUGCAAAUACUGCUCAGAGCAGGGAAUCCCUUUUCCCAGGGUGGACUUGAGUGAAGAAGACAGGAAAAACCCGAAGGAGUGUUACCUCUUUGAUGGCGCUGAGACUCCAGGAGCACCAGUACUGAUAUUUUUCCCGCUGAUUAAUGAUACUUUCCAAAAAUACAAAGCACCAGGCCAGAAGCGCUCAGAGUCAGAGAUGGAAGACGGCGAAGUAAAUCUCUAUGGCCACUGUUCACCGUAUUCAACAUAUUCACUCCAAUACACUGAGAAGGUAUUUGACCGACUGCUUCAUCUGGGUGAAUACAACAUCCUCAAUAACGAGGAACUCAUUAUGCAGGCCUUGCACACAGCAGUGGCACGGAAAAGGCAGAAAAGGAAAUAA